GUGUGUGUGUGUGUGUGUGUGUGUGUGUGUUUGUUUCAGGGCAUAGAAGGACAGUUUUCAAGACAUUUCAAAGAGCAACGAGGACCCUCUCGUAUAGGAGGACAGUUGGCUGUCCUCAUAAAAAUAAACCCUAUAAAACCUUUUCUCAGCAUGUUUUAAUACCCAAAAAGUGGUUUUCUCAAAAGUCCUUAUGUACCAAAAACCUGACAUAUUUUGUAUAUUUGUGUGUCCGCCACUGCCCCCUAUCGGUGGUCGUGGUCCCUGCAUGCUGCGACACACAAGCGCGGGAAAUUAUACACAACGCGGGAAAUUAUACACAACGCGCGAAAUUAGACGCUAAAUCAACACUGCGCAUGCUCAUACUGAUUGGCUGGAUAGAAGACAGCUGCUACACCUGUGAUCACCAGAUUCAUUUGCUGGGAGUUCUUCUGGAAAUGCACGUUGUGGAGAGAAGUAACUUCUGUCAUGCCACGGAGAACUACUCCUCUUCAGGAUGCCACUAAUCACAUCCUUGCAGGAAGAGACAAGAAUUCAAUGUUGGAGAUCAAAUAUAUUAAUUCAGUUAAAGGUCGUGGUAUCUUCACUUUAGCUGUUUUCAAUCAAGGAGACUUUGUGGUGGAGUAUAGAGGGGAGCUCAUUGAUGCAGCUGAAGCUGAACAUAGACGUAAACUGUACCACAAUGCAUGUUCGAUCUUCAUGUUUGACUUCACAUGGAAGCGGAAGACAUGGUGUAUUGAUGGAGCACUUGAAGAUGGGUCAUUUGGACGACUGGUAAACGAUGAGCACAAGGCACCAAAUUGCAGAAUGAAGUUGAUCGAAGCAGAUGGGAAGCCACAUCUCUGCCUUUUUGCACUGAAGGAAAUUAUGGCUGGAACUGAAAUCACUUAUGACUAUGGUGGGAAAGAAUGGCCCUGGCGUAAAGAGACACAACUCAGUGGUGGAAGUUUCCCUUCUGGCCAACACUCCGUUGCAGAGCUUAGUGACCACGCCCAUGACUUGGAACCCAAUGUUUUCUCUACAGACUUAUUCAGAGACACCGAAUUGAGAGCAGAGUGUCAGUCAUCCACUCCCACACCAGACAACCCUGUGCAUGAGGUGCACUGUGUCAGAGGUCAGUGUGGCACUUCUUCUGCGAAAGAGGGGAUUGGAGAAGUUGGUGUCCAGCACCAGGAGGUGUUAUCCCCUGUGUUCUCAGCAGAGCUUGCCAGUGAGACUGAAUCAAGAUCAGAGUGUCAAUCAUCCAGAGCCGCGCCAAAUGACUCUGCUUGUGAGGUGCACUGUGUCAGAGGUCAGUGUGGCACUUCUUCUGCGAAAGAGGGGAUUGGAGAAGUUGGUGUCCAGCACCAGGAGGGGUUAUCCCCUGUGUUCUCAGCAGAGCUUGCCAGUGAGACCGAAUCAAGAUCAGGGUGUCAAUCAUCCAGAGCUAUGCCAAAUGACACUGCUUGUGAGCGAAAUAGUGGAAGCUUCCCUUCUGGCCAACACUCCGUUGCAGAGCUUAGUGACCACGCCCAUGACUUGGAACCCAAUGUUUUCUCUACAGACUUAUUCAGAGACACCGAAUUGAGAGCAGAGUGUCAGUCAUCCACUCCCACACCAGACAACCUUGCGCAUGAGGUGCACUGUGUCAGAGGUCAGUGUGGCACUUCUUCUGCGAAAGAGGGGAUUGGAGAAGUUGGUGUCCAGCACCUUGCUGUGUUCUCAGCAGAGCUUGCCAGUGAGACUGAAUCAAGAUCAGGGUGUCAAUCAUCCAGAGCCACACCAAAUGACUCUGCUUGUGAGGUGCACUGUGUCAGAGGUCAGUGUGGCACUUCUCCAAUCCCCUCUUUCACAGAAGAAGUUGGUGUCCAGCACCAGGAGGUGUUAUCCCCUGUGUUCUCAGCAGAGCUUGCCAGUGAGACCGAAUCAAGAUCAGGGUGUCAAUCAUCCAGAGCUGUGCCAAAUGACUCUGCUUGUGAGUGUACAAUCCAUAAGCUGGUUUUUGAAUCGGUGAGAAUUGACAAAUGCUGGAUAUGCCAUUCACCUUUCACAUCUAUCAGAUGGCACAGUGUAAGAUGCAAACAAUGCUGUGGUGUGUGGCACAAAAUCUGCCUCCAGAAGUCCUCAGAAGACUGGGAUAUAUCAGAUGAUGAUGUCUCAUCUGGUGAUGAGUACAUCCCAGAGUCUGUAUCGGAUUCAGAAAGCUCAGGAACAGAGUUGAGUGCCGAGUUGGCUGAACCAUCCAAGAAGUCCCAUACCAAUAUGCCUGAUUUAGUUACUUUUGCUCACCCAGAACCAGAAAGCUCAGAGUCUGUAUCGGAUUCAGAAAGCUCAGGAACAGAGUUGAGUGUCGAGUUGCCUGAACCAUCCAAGAAGUCCCAUACCAAUAUGCCUGAUUUAGUUACUUUUGCUGAACCAGACCCCGAACCCGAACCAGAACCAGAAAGCACUGUGGAUAUUCUUGGCCAAAGUAAAUCCCCAACCAAAUCAGGAAAAUUCCUUAAAAGCCAAGUCAAUUAUUGUUUUGUAUGUGGGAAACCUCAAACAAAAUUUGCACGUCAUCUCGAGAAGCAUGUAAAUGAAAAUGCUGAAAUCGCACAGGCACUCCAGUUCCCCAAAUCAUCAAAGGACAGAAGGGUUCUUCUUGAGAAAUUCCGAAACCUUGGCAACUUCAAGCAUAACUCGACUGUUAAAACCACAGGGUCAGGCUGUCUUAAAGUGAAAAGGAGUUCCAAACAGAGUAGCAGCCCUGAGACGUAUGAUUACUGCUUGUACUGUAAGGGUAUGUUAUCCAGAAAAGAACUUUCUCGACAUAUGAAAAGAUGUGCUCUAAGACCCGAGAAUAAUGUUGAAGAGGGACCUGAGUGGACAGAGAGGGUCAUUGGUAUAGCAUCUGCUCAAUUUACAAUGUCCCAGCCAAUUUCAAGUGAACUUUGGUCAGUGCUGGGCAAAAUGCACAAGGAUGACGUGUCCACUGCAAUAAGGAAUGAUCAUUAUCUCAUGCAGUUUGCCCAGUCCCUCUUUAAUAAGCAUGGGAGUGACCGAUCAAAGCAUGAGUAUAUAAGACAGAAAGUAAGGGAACUUGGGAGAUUACUUGUGACUUUGCGCCACACAACUAGAAUCCAUAACAUGGAAGAGGCAAUAAAACCAGGCAACUUCUUUACUCUUACUGGUGCUGUUAAGAGAGUUUCAGGUUUUGAUCACCAACACAACACAUUCAAAGCCCCAAGUCUGGCUCUUAAAAUUGGGCAUUCUCUCAGAAAGAUAAGUGACCUCAUCAUGUGUCGUGCCCUAAUGGAAGAGGACCAAGAGGGGGUCGAUUCCAUCAAGAGGUUUCAUACACUUCAUGAAACAAAGUGGUCUGAAUUAGUUUCCCAUUCUGCCUUAUCAAACCUGAGUGAGGCAAAAUACAAUAAGAGCACCAGGCUUCCACUGGCCAAGGACGUUCAGAAGCUGCAGUUAUAUCUUGGUCAGCAAGUGGAAUUGGCUAAGGAGAAACUAGCCGAUAACCCAACAGCAGGCACUUAUGCAGCACUAGCAAAGGUGACCCUCUGUCAAGUCAUUUUGUUUAAUAGGAGAAGGGAAGGUGAAGUGGCAAGGAUGACUGUAAACAAUUUUGAAGAUCGUGAUGUGUCACAACUAAAUGAUGACAUAAGCACUGGGCUUACAGAAGUUGAGAAGAGACUUUGCAAACAAUUCGCCAGAGUGGAAUUGAGGGGGAAAAAAGGACGAAAGGUUGCUGUGAUCCUGACCCCUGAUAUGACUGCUAACCUGUCACUCCUCAUUAGUAAGAGGAAAGAGUGUGGAGUAACUGAAAACAACAAUUACCUCUUCGCUAUUCCUUGUAGUGAUGGUCAUUACAGAGGACAGUUUGGUCAAUUUGCAGAUGCUUGUGGAGCCGAAGAUCCUCAAAACCUCAGAUCAACUAACCUUCGCAAACAGAUCGCCACAAUAAGCCAAGUCAUGAACUUGAAAGAUAAUGAACUGGACCAGCUGGCCGACUUUCUCGGCCAUGACAUUAGGGUGCAUAGGGAGUACUAUCGACUGCCCCAAUCAACGAUUCAGCUGGCUAAGAUCUCAAAGCUGCUUAUGGCUAUGGAGAAGGGAAGUGUGAAGGAUAUUCAAGGAAAAUCUCUGGAUGAAAUUGGUGAUGACAUAGACAAAAUGGAUACAGGAUCACAGCAACUCCCUAAUGUUUCCACAUUGCAAGACAAUGAAGAAAUGUUGACUUCUGGGACUUUUGGAUCACCUCAUCUCUCCGAGACUGCAGCUCAAGAUGACCAGAGGAACUCUGCCUGUGUAACUUCUGGUUCACCUCAUCUCCCUGACUCAGUUACUCAAGGUUUCUGUGUUUCAUCAAGGCGGUGUACGAAGAGACCAUGGUCUGAGGAGGAGAUACAAGCGGUGAUGAAACAUCUAAGGCCUUUUGUUGAAAACGGUGUCACUGCCACCAGCGGGCAGUGCCUGGAGUGCAAGGAAAAGGAACACCCUAUCUUGGAGACCAGAUCCAUUCAAAACAUUAGAGAUUUUGUCCGCAACAGAGGCUUGGCCUUUAAAAGGCAUUCAAACGCUAAAUGCUCUUUUGGAUAGCUUGAGCCUUUACCUUUCUAGGCAUGUUUUACAAGUUUGUGUCCUGUGUUCAGAAAUGGGUUAGGUCACUUCAUUUAUUUUGCUCACAGGCAGUUUUUUGUUUUGUUUGUUUUGCUUUGUGGUUAGCCUGGGCCUUUUAAUGUCAGGAUUCACUUUUAUUUUCCUUUAUUAUUUUUUAAAAUGCUGUCCUUGUUAAGGAAGGAAGAGAUUCUUGAGGUGACCAAAUCAAAUAUAGUUCAGUGAUUCAACGAAUGUGUUGUGUGUUAAUAAUAACAAACCUAGUUAAGUAGUAACAUUUGGCCCACGGGUAGGUAGACCCCAUCAGAUAAGAGCCGUGGUGUAAUCUGUAAACUUUUGUAACUUGACAGAAUUUGAUUGGAGGUACUGAUGUUUUCUAUAGGAAGAAGUGUAGAAUGGAGUGAUUGUGCUGCCUGUGUACAUCAUCUGCAAAUUAUGUCUCAAUCUGAUGUUAUUCACACUUAUUUCAACUUGUGUGCCAAAUUGUAAU